AUGCUUGAGGGCAGGGUUUUUCCUUGCCAGCAAACUUGGCUGUUAUGUGGAGGAACAUUAUUGGACCCCAAAGGUAUUUUUGGUCCACCAAUUAGUCAAGAUGCAGGAGAAAAAAUUGAACUUCACAUCAAAGAAAUGAAUAUUCACGAAAGUCCUGACUGUCUCGUCGACUAUUUAGAGGUGAAAAACGGUUACGAGGCUGGUGACACAGUAAUGAAUCGUUAUUGUGGGAAAAUGGAAGCAGUCAAUUUAAUUGCGACCAAUUUUUUACAAGUGGCUUAUGUCAAAACAAGUGAUAAAAAUAUUGUCAAUGCUUUCAAUGUGGACUACGAGACUAUUUGUGGAGGCGAUUUCGAUGUUAAAUCAGACGCUAUUUUAACAAUAGAAUCGACUAAUUAUCCUGACAAAUAUCCGCCGAAUAUACGGUGCGUUUGACAUCUUACUGUACCAGAUAAUCAUCUGAUAACAAUGAAAGUUAAUGAUUUAGCCCUUGAACGAAGUAAAGGUUGUCUGAAUGACUUCUUAGAAAUACGGAACGGCAAUGAUAUUUACUCACAGCCGAUCGGGAAUUAUUGUGGUAUU